AUAAACCUAGAUAAAGAGGUCUCUCUCUAUGCAGUCUUUUCUCCCUAUCAUUUCAUAUUUUUGCUCCCAACCCAUCACAUCACAUCAUGCCGGCUGAUUACAAUGGAACCUGGGUCAUGGAGAAGAAUGAAAACUUUGAAGGCUACAUGAAAGCAUUAGACAUUGAUUUUGCUACACGGAAAAUAGCUAAUCACCUGACCCAGACCAAGGAACUUAUCCAAGAUGGAGACAGCUUCAAAACCAAGACUUUGAGCACAUUCAGGAAUUAUGAGGUCAACUUCACUGUGGGAGUAGAAUUUGAGGAGAAGACAAAGGGACUGGAUGAUCGUUUAGUGCAGACCUUGGUGACUUGGGAUGGAGACAAACUCGUCUGUGUUCAGAAAGGGGAGAAGAAGAAUCGAGGCUGGAAGCAUUGGAUUGAGGGCGACAAACUCUAUCUGGAAUUAACAUGUGAAGAUCAGGUUUGCCUCCAAGUUUUUAAGAAGAAAAACUAAACUAUGCACCAGAAUCCAUGCGCCUGCACCGACCCAGAAUGUUAUUUUGCUUUGUAAAGAGCGGACACACCUGAUACAUUUCUAUGUAUAUUUCCUUCAUUACAUACAAUAAAUUUUAUUAACAAAAACAUAAAAAA